AUGGCCAGCAACGCGAGCGGAGCACACGACUGGACGCAGGUUGUCAGCGCGCUGCCCUGGAUCCAUGUGACCACCGCGUUCAUCAGCGGGCUAGGCUCCGUCUCCGUGCUCACCUGGGUGACGUCGCAGUGGCGUCUGGGCGGGGCGGCCUCCGAGCUGCGGCCGCUCCUGCUGCUGGCCGCGUCCGACCUGCUGCUCUCCCUCUGUGGUCUGCUAGGGGGCGCGCUACUCGCCGGGCAGGCCGAGGACGGAGCCUGGUACGCGCUCAGCGCCGCCACUCAGGUGGUGGGCAUGAUGUCCUUUUUCUACACACUGGACUACGUGUGGAACGCCUACGCUCGGCUGCGGCUCAACUUCAGAUGUGUCCGUCACCAACUUCCUGCUGAGAUUGUCAAGCACCCAAUACCUAGCGCUAACCUGACGGCGUCGCUUUCUGGCGUCCUGCCGCUUCUCCUCAUGGCUCCCGUCUUGGCGAGAGCCCGCAUCGAUGGCUGCGGGGCCGGCUGCGGCGACGCUGACAGAUGUCUGCUGACGCUCCUCGGAGCGCUUCCCGUCACCGCGGAGACGCCCGUCCCGGCGUGCCGCCUGCUGCGGGCCUACAGCGGCGCAGUAUUCCUCACCGCUUUUUUCAUCACCCUCUUCGGUGUCUCGGUGCUCGUGGGCAAGUGCCGUCAGCUUUACCGGCGUGUGGUGACGUCGCACGGUUACCUGGGCAACCGGCAGCGGGUGUCCUUGCGAGCUCUCGACUUGCGGCUGCUGGCGUAUUCGCUCAUCUUGGUCGUGUGCUGGGGUCCAACGGCGUAUCUGGUGGCCACGGGGUCUCCGUCGGACGUCCUGUACGCCACGCGGGCCGUCACGUCGGCGUCGCCGGGCGUCCUCCGUUUGGCCGCGCUGACGUGCGCGCGAGGCUCGCCGACGCGGGAUUUGUCGUGGCGCGACGCCGACACGCAGACGCCGCUGCUGCGGGCGCAGAGGACGACGACAACGUCGACGAGGCCGACGUGA